UAACCACGGUGUGAUAACUUACUGUCCGUCCAUGCCGGCGUUCAUUAUUGUUACUGACAAUUGUUAAUUUCUGUAAAUUUGGAGCUAUAGAAAUGAAUGAGUGAUUGAUAGUUUGUGAUUUCAGGAAAUCUAUUUGAUGUUAUCUAACGAAUGAACUUAUGUUUAUUCCAUGGUACCUUAGCCGGCCAAAUGCAAAAUCACCGAAGAUUGAUCCAGACUUUAUUUCUACAGUGACAGACAUUCCUAGUUGUCUCCUUUUAUAGAUGUUAUAAAAUUUAUUUUGCGAAGAGCUUUCAAGUUGAAGGGUGAAUUUUUGCAACUCGGAUCUUUUGACGAAGAGUAGGAUUUUUAAAGUUUUAACGUAUCUCAUUCACCCAUGAGACGUGUCACAAUGUUGAAAACUUUCAAUAAGACAAUAAUUGCCACUCAACCGGCAUGUACAUUUUUCAAAAACUUUUUCAAACGAGAGUCAAAGAUUUCAUCAGAGACGAACCUAAAAACUUCUUUUGGCAAGUAUAGCAUUGUCAAACCAUGGCCAAUUGUCUCUGAUAGAAAAAGUGUACCUUCUUACAUCCCAAAACCAUCUUAUGCCGAAUCGUCAAUUCCUUGUGACAGACCGAAGGAAGCAGAAAUCAAAGAUAAAAACCAAAUAGAAUGCAUGAGGCACAGCUGUAUUUUGGCCAGGCAAAUAUUAGGCAAAGUUCGAAAUUUUUUAAAGGUUGGUUUCACAACCGAACAGUUGGACGCUAAACUUCAUCAAUUGAUUAUUGACAAUGGAGGUUAUCCCAGUCCUUUGAAUUAUCAGGGUUUUCCAAAGUCAAUUUGUACAAGCAUAAAUAAUGUUGCUUGUCACGGAAUCCCGGACAGUAGACCUUUGCACAAUGGCGAUAUACUCAACGUUGACAUAACGGUAUUUUUGAAUGGGUACCAUGGCGAUUGUUCUGCAAUGUUCAAAGUAGGCGAAGUUGAUGAAGAAGCUCGCCAAUUGAUCGAUGCAACAGAAACAUGCCUAUCUAAAGCUAUUUCUAUAUGUAAACCAAAUGAAAAUUUCUCUUCAAUUGGUCAGAUUAUUGAGGAAACAGCGCAAAAACAUGGCUUUGGAAUUGUUCCUGCUUUUGCAGGCCAUGGCAUUGGCAAUUACUUCCAUGGACCUCCAGACAUUUGUCACUUCAAAAACGACGAACCUGGAAAGAUGCAGACUGGAAUGACAUUCACAAUUGAACCUGUACUGACACAAGGUGGGCCUGACGUAGAAAUCCUGGAGGAUGGCUGGACGGCAGUGACCACAGACAAUGCACGUACUGCUCAAGCGGAGCAUACCAUUCUCAUUACUGAUACAGGCAGUGAAAUUCUGACUCAAUAAACAUAUCAGAGUAUGUAAAUAGUAUAAAAUUCAAAUACAUCAUGUACAGACGUGAACCAUAUAAAUAAAUCAAAUUUUACGUUU